AAACCACCACGCGAAGCCGCAGCGCCGGCUGGAACAACGAACAACGAGAUCUUGCACAACUGCCGCGCGGAGCUCUGCCGAUGCUCACUCGCUGCGCGCUGUAGCCGUCCCCGGGCCCCGCUGCAAAGCGCCCCGCGCCGCCCCCAGCCGCGCGCUCGCGGGCAGCAGCGCCUCGAGACGGGCCGUUGGUGAGCCUCGCUCCCGGGGCUCAGAGCAGCCGUCCGGCCCCGCCCGCAGCAGCAUGAAGACCCUCCUGAAGUGGCUGCUGGGACUCGUGGGAGUCGCCGUUGUCAUCACGGUGAUCGCCGUGCCGCUGGCUCUGCUCACCGGCGAAAGUACCCCUGAGUUUGAUUCACGAAGAACAUAUACCCUAGAGAAUUACUUGAACAAUGACUAUGUGUACAAAACACAUAAUUUGCAAUGGAUUUCAGGAAAUCAGUAUCUUCAUGAAACACCUAAUGGGAACAUUCUACGUUUCAAUGCUGAAACUGGAACAUCCUCAGUAGUCUUGUUAAACACAACAAUAAGCACAUAUGAGGCAACAACAGCUAUAUUGUCCCCUGACCAGAGAUUUGCUCUUCUGCAGUACAAGUAUGAAAAGUUAUGGAGGCAUUCCUACACAGCUUCAUAUCACAUCUAUGAUUUUAAUACAAGCUCCAUAUUAGAUGACACGCUACUACCUAAUGACACACAAUAUAUAUCCUGGUCACCUGUUGGUCACAAACUGGCAUAUGUUUGGAAUAAUAAUAUCUAUAUAAAAGCUUCACCAACAGCAGCACCUGUGCAAAUCACUAACAAUGGAGAAGAAAAUAAAAUUUUCAAUGGAAUACCAGAUUGGGUUUAUGAAGAGGAAAUGUUUGGCAGCCAUUCUGCUCUGUGGUGGUCUCCAAAUGGCAAUUUUGUGGCAUAUGCAGCAUUUAAUGAUACAGAAGUUCCUGUUAUAGAGUAUUCCUUUUAUUCUGAAGACACCUUGCAGUAUCCUAAGACCAUUAGAAUCCCAUAUCCCAAGGCAGGAGCUAAAAAUCCAACAGUGCAAUUCUUCAUUGUGGAUAUCCAAAUGCUUCCUGAUUUUAACACUACUGAAAUUUCUCCACCUGCAGAAAUAAAAUCAGGUGAUCAUUAUUUGAGCGUUGUAACAUGGGUAACAGAUGAAAGGAUCUGUCUGCAGUGGCUCAGAAGAAUUCAGAAUUUUUCAGUCCUCACCAUCUGUGACUUCGAAAGUGCAACUAGAAAUUGGACAUGUCCACAGGAAAAACACUUUACGGAAGAAAGCACAACUGGCUGGAUUGGCAGAUUUCAGCCAUCUGUCCCUUAUUUUGCCCCUGACAAUACUACGUACUACAAAGUCUUCAGCAAUGCAGAAGGUUACAAGCACAUCCAUUACGUAAAUGGAUCAGGGGCUCCAGUACCUAUUACUGUAGGAAAAUGGGAAGUAAUUAGCAUAGCAGCUGUAACCAAAAACUUUCUGUACUAUAUUAGUAAUGAAAAUGGUGAGAUGCCAGGAGGAAGAAAUCUUUACAAAAUGCUCUUGGAAAGCAGUCCAAAUUCUACUCACUGUGUUAGCUGUGAUUUGAAUCAAGAAAGAUGCCAGUACUAUUCUGUGUCCUUCAGCAACGAUGCACAGUAUUAUCAGCUAAAUUGUCUUGGUCCUGGCCUGCCCUUGUCUACUCUGCACAGAAGCAGUGAUGAUCAAGUCCUCAGGUACUUGGAAAAUAAUACUGAACUGGACAACUCAUUGAAAGAUAUUCAAAUGCCUUCAAAAAAACUUGGUUCCAUUACUGUAGGUGGAUACAACCUGUGGUAUCAAAUGAUAUUACCUCCCAAUUUGGAUUCAUCAAAGAAGUACCCUCUGCUCCUUGACGUGUAUGCAGGACCCUGUAGUCAGAAAGUAGAUCAUGCCUUCCGGAUUAACUGGGCUACGUACCUUGCCAGCACAGAGCAGAUCAUUGUGGCCAGCUUUGAUGGCAGGGGAAGUGGAUACCAGGGGGAUGAAAUCAUGCAUGCAAUAAACCGAAGACUGGGAACCUAUGAAGUGGAAGAUCAGAUUUCAGCAGCCAGAACGUUUUCUGAAAUGAGCUUUGUUGAUAAGGACAGAAUAGCUAUUUGGGGUUGGUCUUAUGGGGGAUAUGUGACCUCCAUGGUGCUUGGCUCUGGAAGCGGCGUGUUCAAGUGUGGAAUAGCGGUUGCCCCCGUGUCACGUUGGCAAUAUUAUGACUCAAUAUACACAGAGCGAUACAUGGGCCUUCCUACAGAAAGUGAUAAUCUGAGAAACUAUAAUAGUUCAACAGUAAUGGCCAGAGCUGAAAAAUUCAAGGAAGUUGAGUAUCUCCUUAUCCAUGGAACAGCAGAUGAUAAUGUUCACUUUCAGCAGGCAGCUCAGAUUUCCAAAGCUCUUGUUGAUGCUGAAGUGGAUUUUCAGGCAAUGUGGUAUACUGACAAAGACCAUGGCAUCAGCGGUCAAGCACAUAAACAUAUUUAUACCCAUAUGAGCCAUUUCAUAAAGCAGUGCUUCUCCCUGCCCUAGCACAGCAACAGCACCGCCUUUUUGCUUGUUAGUGAUGGUAUUCCUCCAGAAAUCUCCUUAGCUAAUGUACAUGGAGCCAGUAUAAACUUUUAUGAAUUAAGAUGGCAGAGGGGAGUCAGCUCUUGGGAUAUCUGAGUAUAGUGAAGCACCAAUCUUAAUAAUGAUUUCUGUUGCCAAGCAACCAUUGCAUUUUUGAUUGUUUAAUCAGGUCAUCAACAUCACCAGAAUGUAUGUAUGUAUGUAGGUUGCAGACUUCUAGAAAGCAUGGUACUUACUUGAAUCAGAAACUUAUGCUUUGAUAUUUCAAUCUUUCUUAAAAAAAAAUAACAUCAAAGAGGAACUGACAAGACAAUCAUAAUGCUUUCCCCUCCAAAAAAAUUAUUAUUUCUGUUAAAAUAUUGAUAAAACUGUGAACAGAUUUUGCUGAAAUUAUCUAAUGCUUGAUCAGUGAUUAUUUUAGAAAUAUAUCAGUAAUACUGCAAUGUUAAUAAUUUCUAUGCAAAAUGAAACACUUUGUUUACUGCAGUUCCUUGAGUUAUUAUUUAACUGCAAACUCUUGGAUUACAGGGGCAGAAUCUUGCAUGGAAAGCAUGUAACCGGCUUUUACCAGAGAUUUUGAAUGAUACUUAAACCAGUGGCACUGAAUUUGUUUCCUGUCACAGUACUGUGAUAUUUACUUACGUUAUAGGCAAAAAGGCUGCUACUGUGGAAACCUGCACUGGUACUCUUGCAGAUCACAACUGUUUCUCUAUGGGACAGAAAUCUUUAUUUAAAACAAAUAAAUAAAAUCCUAUUUACUGAUGACUAAGCUGUAUUCCUCGCAAUCCAACAUAAAAUGCUACAGUGCAAUUUAGCUGUCACUUACUUACAGUCCAGUCCUUGCUUUCACAUGAUCAUACUAUUUAGCAAACCUGCCUUUUUUUCCUUGUAGCCUAGCUUUAAACUGCUUUACCUUCAGCACUCCAGGUGGGCUUCUCCAGCUGAAGAUAAGUGACUUCCUCUUAAUUUCACAUAAAUAGUAAAAGUGGGUUGCAUUUUUUUCUGAAAAAAUGUGCUGCUUAAAUUAAUAAAUAGCCAUUAAGUUAUGAAAAGUUGUGUAUUCUGUAUCACUGAAAAUUCUGCUUAAUAUAUCAGCUCCUACAAUGUUACAAAAAUACAUCAAUUCCAAAAGAGA